AUGCGUGCAAAGUAUCUUCAUCUCGCGGUCGGUUUUGUACUUUUUUUGUUAUUUUAUAUUUUCAUUUGUAAACGAAAACCAAACGGUCCAGGAUCAGGAUGUCUGUCAGAAUCAGACUGGCUUCAGGAAACUUCUUCAGAUAUAGUGGAGAGACACCGUCUUGCCGUUCAAAGAUUAAAACCUGACUUAAAAUGGAUGAAAAAUAAAGUACUGAGCCACACAUUAAGUACAAUUCCUGUUCGAUUCCCAAAUUGUUCCAGUACAGUUUUUCUUCUUGUUUUGGUGGCCAGUUCUCCUAACAAUUUUGAGGAAAGAAAUGCAAUACGUGGUUCUUGGGCCAGUCUCCCUCAAUCUGUUGCAAGGGAUCGUGUAUUUAAAGGUGUUUUAAGAUAUUAUGACACUCGAAAUGCCUUCAAGACCGUGUUCUUGAUGGGUCGAAGCGCGGACAAGAAGACUCAAGCAUUGAUCAAUAGAGAAAUGGAAAUAUACAAUGAUGUUGUGUUUGGGGAAUUUGAGGACAACUAUAAUAAUUUAGUGUAUAAGACACGACUAGGAAUGACAUGGGCAUAUUUACAAUGUUCGUCAUCCUACGUAUUAAAGACAGACGAUGAUGUGUUUAUAAAUACAUGGCAGUUACUACAGUGGGCCGUCCGAUCAGAUGAACUUAAUUUUUAUUCCGGUUGGUGCAACUAUAGAAGUAAAGUAAGUCGAAACAAACUGAGCAAAUGGUAUAUUUCUGCUGAAGAGUACAAUGAGAAUGAAUUUCCUCCGUAUUGUCUGGGUGGUGGGUACAUUAUGUCUGAAGAUAUCCUCUCGUAUUAUUAA